UAAUAUAGACUAGAAGGUCUUAGCGUCCUUAUCCUUGGACUAACGUAAACAUUUCAUGGAUUAAUGUUAUAUUUAAAUAGUAAUUUUAUAACGUUGCAGGAAUUUUUGUUGAAAGGCGAAGUGCAUAGUUGACAAAUUGUUUAAAUGUUUCAUCAGGAAGUUUUGGAAAUGUGUAUCAUUUCAGGAAUGGACACAUGAUUCGCAUUGAGAAGUUUUAUUAUGCGCUCUAUGGAUUCUGGAAUGUUAUAACAACUUAAUUUUUGGGGGGCACGUUUUUGUUUUCACUUGGUUUUAAUUUUACAUUCCAGUUUUUCUUUUUAAUUUCUCCUUGAACAUGCCAAUGAAAAGGAACACAGGGAGUCCAUUGAAGAAUGGCACGUUUCAUCAGCUACAACCGUCGCAGGCGAAGCGAGCUUGCAAAAGCGCAGAUGACCUCCAUGCAACAACUAUUGUUGACCAUGACGAUCUUAGAAAAAACGUGUUUUUCAAAGCCAGACUCGAGGAGGAGGAGGAUUCAGGAAUUAAAUCAGAAGCCGAUGAGAGCAAUGGGAGCAUAUCUUCAGAGGAAGACCUAGAUUAUUCUAAGACCUUCUCUUUAAAACAAACCGUGCCAAAGAAAAGCAUCAGUCAAAUUAUCAAGGACAAGAAGAAACAGACUCAUCUUACUUUACAAUGGCUUGAGGAAAACUACAUCGUCUGUGAAGGUGUUUGCUUGCCCCGUUGCAUUCUUUAUGCUCAUUAUUUAGAUUUUUGUCGGAAGGAGAAAUUAGAUCCUGCUUGCGCUGCCACUUUUGGGAAGACUAUACGACAGAAAUUUCCUCUGCUUACAACACGAAGGCUUGGAACUAGAGGCCAUUCAAAGUAUCAUUAUUAUGGGAUUGGAAUUAAAGAAAGCAGUGCGUAUUAUCACUCUGUGUACUCGGGAAAAGGCUUGACACGAUUCUCCGGAAGCAAGCUUAAAAAUGAGGGAGGAUUCACCAGGAAAUAUUCCCUUAGCUCUAAAACAGGGACGCUUUUACCUGAAUUCCCAUCUGCACAACAUCUAGUCCUCCAUGAGUCUGUUUCAAAAGAUAAGGUCGACACGUUAAUUAUGAUGUACAAAACACACUGCCAGUGCAUUCUAGACAACGCCAUUAAUGUCAACUUUGAGGAGAUCCAAAACUUUCUGCUUCACUUUUGGCAAGGGAUGCCUGAACAUCUCCUGUCACUACUGGAGAAUCCAGUUAUUGUGGACAUCUUCUGUGUGUGUGACUCUAUACUUUACAAAGUUCUGACUGAUGUUCUCAUCCCUGCUACCAUGCAGGACAUGCCAGAGAGUCUUUUGGCAGAUAUUCGGAAUUUUGCCAAGCACUGGGAAAACUGGAUGGUGUCUUCCUUGGAGAACCUCCCGGAAAUCCUUUCGGAAAAGAAACUGCCCAUCGCUCGCCGCUUUGUGUCUUCUUUAAAGAGACAAACCUCGUUUUUACAUCUUGCACAGAUCGCAAGACCUGCACUUUUUGACCAAAACGUAGUGACCGCCAUGGUGAAUGAUAUUGAUGAGGUGGAUCUGAAUAGUAUUGGUUCUCAAGCGUUCCUUUCGAUCACAAACGACCAAGAUUCUGACUUCUACUCUGAAUAUGACUCCGUGUCAGUGUUUCAAGAGCUGAAAGAUCUCUUAAGGAAAAAUGCCACAGUGGAGUCGUUCAUUGAAUGGCUGGACUCUGUGGUGGAGCAGAAAGUUAUAAAGCCUAGCAAGCAAAAUGGUCGAUCGGUUAAAAAGCGAGCUCAGGAUUUCCUUCUAAAGUGGAGUUUUUUUGGCGCUCGAGUGAUGCACAAUCUCACUCUAAACAAUGCAACUAGCUUUGGUUCCUUCCACCUCAUUCGGAUGCUUUUGGACGAGUACAUCCUGCUAGCAAUUGAAACGCAGUUCAACAAUGACAAAGAGCAGGACCUGCAGAACCUGCUGGAGAAAUACACGAGGAACGCAGAUGCCAGUAAGGCUACAUUCACCGCCUCUCCAAGCUCCUGUUUCUUGGCCAAUCGAAAUAAAGGCAGCACGACCUCCAGUGAUUCCAGUGUCAAGGACGAGAAUCCUCCGGAAAAUGUUUUUCUAGCACUCACAGCCGCACAGCAAGGACUCGGGGCCAAUACUCUCGUGUACCACGGACAAAUGGAUUACCAGACCAGCGGCCCUCUCAUGACGCCUCCAAUAUCUCCAGCCAUGAUGAACCGUAGCAGUGUGAUCAACCAGGGUCCAAUGGCAAUGAGACCCCAAAGCACCUGCCCCAUUCAGCCCCAAGUGUCUUGCCAGGCCUUCACUGAUACCAUGUACCAGACACUACCUAGUGUUACCACUGGCUCCUAUCACAACUCCCCAUACUACCAGACAGUGUUUAGAUCUCAAGCGCACACGCCUACAUCAACCUACCAGGCUCGUGCAGAAAGCGGACGUUACACUUCUUUCUCUGGACACCAGCUAGCCAAAGACUGUUUUGGGAUCAGCUGUACAGCAUCUCCGUACAGCUCCAGGGUGUCAUCGAAUGGAUACAUAGCCGCAGGUGACUCUGUUAUGGACACGGAGACCGUUCAGCUUCUGGACUCUGCAGGGUUCAGUUUUGGAGGCAGUGCCACCAACGGGGAUGGAUGUUCGGGUCCGGCUUGCUCAGGACCAGACACAGGACACAGUGGAUACUAUGGUUCCAGUGGUUAUGUGGAUGCUCAAAGGAUGAGCACAUUUAUUGACCAGCACGUGUCGGUUAUCAGCAGUGUGAGCAGCACCCGCUCUGUAUCAGCCUACACCGAGGUUCAUGAUCCUCUCAAUAUUCUGGACGAUACAAGCAGAAAAACAGCAAGACCCUUCUACACUGAACUGGCCUCAAUGGGAACACACACAACAGGAUCCAGCGUACCUCAUUCCUGUGCCGUAUCUGCACCAUGCAUGUAUGGUACUGCUGCUCCAUAUCACUCCCAGAAUGCAUUGCUGCCUCAUCAGGGGACCGCUGCGGACAUUCGAGAAAUGGUUUCCUCUCUUCCACCCAUCAACACUGUGUUUAUGGGUUCAUCGGGUGGACCGGCCUGACUGUUAGGAAACAGCACUGGUUCAUUAUGUCUGCUAUACUCACUAAAGGUGAGACAUGUUUUAGCACGUGUAUAUAUAUACAUGUCUAUAUCUAUAAAUCAAUAACAGGGUCUGUAUACAGUACAUUGCUGAUUUAUUUUUUAUAUGUUGUUUGAAAUAAAUCGCUAUUAAACAUUUUAUGGAAAUUGCUGAACCCAGUAAUAACUUAAUUGUAUAAUAAAUCAGUAACACUACAAUAAGGUUGUAUUUGUUAACAUAGUUAAUGCAUUAGCUAACAUGAAUUAUUAAUAAAUAAUACUUAUACAGAAUUAAUGCUAAUUUCAGCAUUUACUAAUACAUUUUCAA